AUGGUUGAGGCCCGCCUGGCACGCUGGAGUUGUCGGCGGGGGCGGGGGGAAGAGCCGCAAGCGCAAAGGAGGUUUGGCCCGCCGGGUCCGUUUUCCGCGGAGGGGAGGCGCCACCUCCUCCGAGUGAACGCGCCGCCCGGUCGGGCUACAUUGGGGUCGCUAGGCCCGUUUUUCCCCAGGAAGAGGAAGUGCGGCAUAGUGGUUAGAGCGGUCAGACCUAGGUGGUCGCCACCAGAGAAGAAUGGCAGAUUAAACUGAUGGGUUAUACUGAAAUAGCAAAAAAGAAAAGAAAAAAGGGGAAGAAUUAGAAACCAUUAGAAAUAAGGAACGGGAGAAAUAUAUCAUUUACCUUAAAAAGCACACCAUUGUAAACAAUUAAAAUUACGAGUAGGGUUGGAAUGAUACUUGUUGGGCUAUGGUUGUACUGGAGAUUCAUAGAGAAGGUGCAGAAGUAAAAAAGUUAACAUAACCCGCAAAAGGGGAGGAGGGAAGUCCGUUGGAAUUUACUGAAUUCUCUUCUUGUUUUGAUUGAUUGACGUUUGUAAAUUUCAAAAUCUGAAAAUUAAAUAACUUUUUAUACUUUUUAAUAAAAUAGAAUUUCAGGACCCGGGAGACCAGGGAUUUUAGAAUCCCCACUUAGUCAUUGACCACACUUGUUCACCUUGGGAUGAUGGCCGCCUCUUAACCAGCCUCUGGGAAGAAAAUAUGGUAUAUAAAUGUAAUAAAAGCACACGCACAAAUUCCUUGUCUCUUGAUGGGAUGGCCAGGUGCGAAAGAGGCAGAGCUCCUGCACCUCUCAGUAGUUAUGCAGAAAAGGGGGUGCUUGGCAGAGGCAAUUUCGUUGCUGCCUAAAACCCCUCUUCUGCAUAGUGAUUAUUAUUGUUGUUAUUAUUGUUAUUAUUUUCUUCCAACCCCAGAUUUAGGGCAGUUGCCCCACACAGGGCACCAAGCUGAGGGGGCACAUCACCAUCAUACCUAUAUUUAUAUAGGUAACUAUUGAGAAUAUCCAUUUAAAAAGCAACUGUACAAAAAGUAAUUCUUGUGAAAAUAAGAAAUAUAUAACGGGGGGGGGCUCAAAUUUUGUGUUCUUUCAGGGCACCAUAUCACCAAAGUCCAUUCCAGCCUUUCCUCAGAGGAUCACGGGGCAGCUUAUACUAUAAAAACACAAAAGCACAUACCAUAGUAACAAGCAAACUGCCCGCCGCCACCAGCAGUUUAAAAGGCCAUUGAUUGUUUAAUUGGCCAAAGGCCUGGGUGAAGAGGAAAGAUUUUGCCUGGUACCUGAAAUAUAGGUAACAAAGGCGCCAUGCAAGCCUCCCUGGGGAGAGCAUUCGCAAGCGGAGAGCCGCAGCUCAAAAGGUACAGGAGCCCUGUCCUCUUAAAAAUCAGUGUUUUGUGGUGAAUGUGGCAGGGCUGCAAAAUAAUGGGUGAGGGAGGUUCUUCACCUUUCCGAUAAAGAAAUGUUGCUGGCCUGUUGUAGUUCUUUGAUCAAGGAAAUAAAGCCCCCAAAAUCUUAAUUAUUUCCUUUCAUUCCUCCUAGGGAAAGAAUUCACACCCACCCAGGAGAAAAUCCAUACAGAUUAUGGCCACCCGCAGGAUAACCCACUCUCCACUCCUGCUCCUUGUUAGUUAAUCUGGGAUAAUUUGCUCAACUCACCAGUAAUGCUCUCACAACUAAUACAGAUAAGAAUCCCCGUUUCACCUGAAAGAAUCCCUGCUUCACCUGUAAGUCUUCACUGCCUUCAUUGAAAUAGGCAUGGGAGGAAAUUGCCCACCUUCUUUUACUCUGGUGCAGCAUACAAUUUUUCUUUUUAAAAAAUGCAUUAUAAAUAACAUUGAACCAAUGAACAACUCACUAAUCAUCCUGAUCAUAUACAUGUUUAUUUAUAUCAGAAGAACAUAAGACAAGGCCUGCUAGAUCACACUAAAGGCAUUCUAUGCCCACAGUGACCAACCAAUUUUAUUUAUAGCCUGGCCAUCUUCAGCUCCGUUGAUGCCAGGACAGGGCAUUAAGCUCUAGAAACACACAAUAACUAGGGUCUGUUCCCCUGCUGUGUCUGCUGGACAGCCCCUUGCCAUUGCCCACACAUUAACUCCC